UUGUCUUUGAGCCGACGCCAAGAACCAAACACACACACAAAGAUGGCAAAGAUCCUAUUUGGAGUUAUUGCAGUUGUUGCAUCUUUAAUGCUGGCGGAGUCCCUAACCUGCAACCAAUGCAACUAUGGUCUGUUGGGCUUCUGCUUAAGCACUUCUACAGCGACCUGCAGCAACACCAGCGUCUGCUUUACUGGAAAAGCAACUUUCACAGGAUUGACCUCUGUGGGCUUCAACACCCAGGGCUGCCUUCAAUCCACCAGCUGCAACGUGACCAACAACGGCAGCCUGCUGGGUGUCUCCUACACGACCCAAACCACCUGCUGCUCAACAGACAAGUGCAACCCAGUUACAAUCAGCGGAGCUCCAUCCACCAAGAUGACCCUCACCGCUGCCAUUGGUGUAGCCGUCCUGGCCUCCAUGUGGGGAAGCAUACUGUAACAUGCUAAUGCUAAACUACCAUAAGCAGCUCGCUGCUUCCAGCUGCUCCUGAAACCCAUUCAUAUGAUUCAUUAUACCAAUCAGGGCUUUACAAGACCAAAAGAACCAUCAAAAACAAACAAUUUGACCUUAUGAGUUUAUAAGUAUGACUAUUCAUGCUCACAUUCUGUGAAACUAUUUGUCACACUAGACUAAGGUCAUGUCAGGGUUAAUUUCUAAAAUGGCAAAUUAUAUAAAAGCCAAAACUAAG